AUGUUCGUACAUGCCUUUCCUCCUCAGCCUUACAGCUCGUCUCCUAAGCCUCUGCCCGCCUUGCAUACCAACGUUCUGGCCGAGUCCGAGUCCUGCCUGCACCUCCCACAUCCCGAAAGCCCCGAUUCCGUCUACCAGUCGCCUCUGCAGCGCCAUCUUCAACAUGUCUACGAUUCUCAAGCCGGCCAUGCAGCACCACAUACCUCCAUUCCCGUGCCAGUGAGGCAAGAACACCGGCAUCACGAGACGCAUCGAGCGGCGCACAGAGGCUUGGGAUUCGGACUGGCGCAUGAGGUUGCGAAGAAGGCUGAUCUUCUGACUCGUAGCAACAGCAACGCACGUAACAGGAACCAAUCCGCGUUUCAGCCGCAGAAGAGACCCAAGGGCAACAACAGCUGGCAGCUGAAGCAGUUCGCCGAGGCUACGCUGGGAAGUGGCAGCUUGCGGAAGGUGGUGCAGUUACCGGAGGGUGAAGAUCGCAACGAGUGGCUUGCAGUCAACGUCGUCGACUUCUACAACCAGAUCAACCUCCUGUAUGGCGCCAUCACGGAAUUCUGCUCGCCCCAGUCCUGUCCGGAGAUGAAAGCGACAGACGAGUUCGAAUACCUAUGGCACGACCCACCAGCUUACCCAAAACCGACUCGCUUACCUGCACCGACCUACAUCUCGCAUCUUCUGACCUGGACGAGCAACCACCUAAGCAACCCCAACGUCUUCCCUACCCACCCUGGCGUACCUUUCCCUGCAAACUUUCAAAACACGAUCAGGACAAUCUUCAAACGGCUGUACCGCAUCUACGCACACAUUUACUGCCACCAUUACGGCGUGGUGAGGGGCUUGGGGUUGGAAGCACACCUGAAUACUGGCUUCAAGCAUUAUGUGCUGUUUGUGGAGGAGUUCGACUUGGCUGACGAGAAGGGUGCAAAGAAAGGAGAGUGGUUCGGUCCGCUGGGCGAGCUUGUCGAGAGUAUGCUGAGGAGCGAUUGA